AUGUCAGGAAAUAGAUCCUUGCCGUCCGGAAGUACCGGAUCACGCGAUAGUACCCCGUCGCUCAAGAGCGAUCACGGUAGUAUGUCCAGUAAUACAAGCCAGGAAACUCUAGAUAAAAGAAAGAAGGUGAAAGACGAGAAGGAAGCUGAAGAUCGGAAGAAAGCAGAAAAGGUGGAAAAAGAUCGAAAGAAGGAAGCGAAGAAGAAUGCACAAGAUAAAAGAGAGCCACCACUCCGAAGGAAUCAAAGGAUGCCUAGCGGUGGUACUGGGAAUGCUACUGGUGGAAGUGGAAGUGCUAGUAAAGAACCAGCCAAGUAA